AUGAAGAAGACGACCUUUGGAACAGCUGAGCAAGAAGAGGGUUUUUUCUUGAUAUCAUUAACAAGAUGGAAAACAGCACUUGGAAGGAAGAUUGAGAAGGCAAAGGAUGCAUGCAAUCAAAUCUUGGUGAAGUCUUUGGCUUUCUAUAUUAUCAGGAGGCACCAAAUCAAAGACAAAUUUUCAGACAGCUGCUUGGUGUUUUGGGGGCAAGACAUAGCUCUUUCGUCUGGUGAAAUCUUGAUUACCAAGUUGCUAGUUAAAGAAUGAGUCCAACUUCAAAUGCCAUGACCAUCACAAUGGAAACUCCGGAUUCAAACAAAAACCAUAGGCCCUUCACCAAGAAACAUCAAAGGUCCAAAAACAAGGUCCGCACUAAUGAGUGCAUUUGGCUCGGGACUUUCAAGUCGGAAAAAGAAGCCGGAAUGGAAUAUGAUUCUGCAGCCCUUAAACUCCGGAAUAGCAAUUCCGCUUGUAAUUUCCCCAAGACCAACUCGAAUCAUCCUUUCAAAAACAGUUCACGUUUGAAGCCAUGUUAAACAUGAUCAAAGACGGUUCGUAGCCUACUAAACUGUCAAAUUACAUUAAUACCCAUGGGAAAGCCAAACAAGACUACAUUGUUGCUAGUUGCUACUCAAGACAUGCCACAAGAAGGGCGUUUUCGGGAAAAAACUAUUUCAUAAGGAGCAUACUACUAGCGAUGUUGGGACACUGAACCAGCUUUUGAUUCCAAAACGAGUGGCUUUUGAAGUAUUUCCCACCAAUUCCGGCAUCAUAGAAGUUGAGUUGACAUUCUGGGAUGGAAUGAUGAGGGUAUGGAGAUUCCAGUUCUGUUAUUGGAAAUGUAGCCAAAGUUUUGUUUUCAUAAGACAAUGGAAUCGGUUUGUGAGGGUAAAUUAUUUGUUGUCAUGGGACAUGCUUACUUGGCUUUUUCAGUGUGCAACCGGGGAAUGGGAAUGCAGUUAUUCAUGUUAUUGAGGUUUCUAAUAGGAGUCAGAGAGGAAAGUGGUGUCGUGGGUAGUAAUGGAAAUUCACUUAAGAUAGUUGGAUUAGUUGAAGAAGAAAAGAAAGGGUUAGGCUCUUUGGGGUGUGCAAAUCCUUUGGAUUAUUUUUGGUUUGAUUAGGUUUCAAAUCCUUUUGCUUUGUUGCAUUUUAUUGGACUUCUUAAUGGGAUUCUAAAAUUGCUUAUAUAGUUAUAUUCCCUUUAUUAGGUGUCUUAUUAAAAGGGGGAAUACAAGUUGCUUUUACAAUGAGGGAGGUUUUAAAAUUUCAUUUAGAAAAGUUAAUUUCUAAUAAUUUAUCUAUUAUGCUCUAUAUGUUAUUUCGUGU